CGCAUCACAUCGCAAUUGACUUCAACUUUCUCCAGCACACGCGCGCGUGUCACUCCUGCGCAUCGCGUCGACAGCACACCUCGAACUUCCGACCAGAACUUCUCAUACGACAUCCACGCAUCCGCAUACGCCCGAUUUCACGAGAGUCCUCGACACCCGGCGCAUCCAUCUUAACCUCGUCCGUUCCCAUCCUCACGCGUACAUACAAAACCGCAACUGCAACAAUGCUCGACCUCACCAACCCCACAACGCAAACAACUCUCCUCCUUUCUGUAAUCGCCCUCCUCCUCAGCUUCCUCCUCUUCCAACCCACCGGCUUCGUCAAAUGGCUCCAAAAGAAAAACUACCAAUACGAAGUCACUUUCUCCUUAUACAUGUUAACGCCGACGGAGAAAUUCGUCUUUAACUCCAUCCUCUUCCUAACAUUCUCCCUCUUCCUCAUCGCCUCCGUAAUCUACCUCCCCAACCACAUUCUCACCAUGUCUCGACGAACAUACUACUACUUCGCGGGGGAUAAUGUCAACAACACCUUGGCCGGAGGCGCAAACGGUGUAGCAGAGCGAGUCUACGGAACAGCGAGUGAAUGGGCGCAAACGGCGUAUCAAACCGCUUUUAACAGAACGGGUUCAGCAGGAGUGGAGAAAGUGGUGGAGAAGGCGAGUGAGGUGGUUUCAGCAGCAGCGGAAAGCAGUAGUGCGGCUGCGGUGGUAGCGGAGGGGGCGAGGAAUGCGGCGCAGCAGGUGGUGGAGGGAAAUUGAAUUGAUGGGGAGGCAGUGGUAAUGGCAAGAGGUGGGGGAGUCUUUUUUGUUGAUCGCGUUCUGAGCGAGGAGUUGGGACCGAAGAGCAUGCAUAAUGUGUUGCACAUACUAUUUGAAGAGCGGACGCAAAAUGAAAAGCACGGCACGAAGACGAGCGUGGGCAUCCAGGACACGAUAUUAAUUCGAUUCAUGCAUAUCUUACAGCAUGUUGGACUGCUGAGCCAAUGAUCCACUAGAGCAAUUCUGUCGCUCUCAUACAACUACGCUUCCAACAUCGACUGCGGAGUCUCGCGAGGCUCGUCUGCUGAUCUCGUAACUGAGAAUUGAAUGAUCAGCAUACAUCAGCAUGAGCCGCCAUCGUCUUUGGUCGUCCAGCAACCGCGCGGUG